CGGCUGCGUCAAGGACUCGAGGCCUCCAAACCAGCAUCAGUGUGAGGAAGAAGCUCAUAUGAAGCGUCUCUGUUUUCCUUUGAGGGGUGACCACAACCUGCUGACCCCUGACACACACUCUGGGUCGGAGGGCUGGGCCUCGCUGCCAGGACACCCGAGCAAACUGUCCACCAGGUGGCGCCGGUCGGCGUCUCCAACUCGCCGCCUACGGUUUGAGGAUGAGACGGAGACGGAGGCGGAGUCUCGUUACCUGGAGCGACAGCAGGGGACAGGUGUCCAGGUGUCCAAACCGGACCUGAACCAGGUCAACGUGAGAGGAAGACCGGCGAUGACGGUGGCGAUGUCUGGAGCCCAGCUGGACCGUCACCUCACUCUGGUUCCACCUGUAGCCAAGGUGAGGGGGCGGGGCCUGAACAGAUCCCUCCUCCAGGUGCGGACGGAAGUGCUCAAAGACUCUUAUAUCGGCUGCAUCUCACCUGCUGACUCAGGUGAGGGAGGGGGCGGGGUUGUCAGCAGAGUUGAUCAAACAGGUACAAACCAGGCGACAGCUUCACAAGCCCCGCCCACUGCCGAAACACCUGCUAACCCCUAUGCCUUUUACCCGGUGGGCACGCCGUCACCCCGGCCGCCUCCCUGCCACCAUCAUGACCAUAAACGUCCUUCCCCUUUAGCCCCUGUAGCUGUGACAUCACUGACGAUGUCACAGAAUGGAGGGCUUCAUAACACAAUGAUGGGAAACCAGCAAGAGAAGAAGAAAUCCUCUGAUCCUCGACCUGGCUCCGAACUGAAGAAGAGGAAGGACUGCUCAUCCUCAGCUGAAGACAAAGCCCCGCCCACCUCAGGUAGCCCAGAGGGACACCGCAGACAUCCAAUCAGAGAAGAGCUCCACUGUGUUGUUUCACUUCCUGGGCGAUUCAGUAGAGAUGGACCCUCUCGUCUCUCUCUGCAUCACCUUUUGUCCUCGGUCAAACUGAGCAAAACUCGAACCGGCAGCCUUGACCGACUGGUUCCCCCGGUUCCUGACCGUCUUCCCAGUGACGGCAGGAAGUCCUGCAGCCUGUGGAAGAAAUCUCCUUCUGCUCAGUCUCUCUGUGGGGCGCUGGAAAUCCAAAUGAAGAAGUCGUCAGUGCAGAGUUUUGGUUCUGAGGAGAGCAAGAACUGCAGCGUAGAUUACAGACCUGCAGAUGAGCAGUAAAACAGCCACUUGCAUUAGCUGACCACCGUCCCACCCAAUCAGAGCUCAGUUUCCUCCGACAGGCUUCUAAAUCCAUGUCUGAGGUCAGAGGUCAUCGGCCAGCCCCGCUCAGGGAGAUUGGUCGGUCGGGUUCUUCAGGUCUGUUCUGAUGGACUGGUUCUGUUGGAAAUUAGUCCACCAUCAGAUCAGAGUUUUGGAAACAGGCGAACCACAGGACAGAGCGAGCGUCCAAACUGGAAACCACUGAAACCAGUUUAGUCUGCAGCGCUGAAUGUAACGAAUGGAAUUAUUGGCCCCUGAUUUUUGUUUUGGACAGUUUUGAGCCAGCUCAGCUUUCUGAGUUAUCAAAAGUCCUAGCUUCUUCCAAACCUUUGACAUGCAUAUUGGAUCCACCAGCUGCUAACGGGGCGGCGGCGGCGGCAGGAGUUAGCCAUGCAGUCAGUGGAUCGCCGGAUCGAUUCCCGGCCCUCGUUGUUUGUGUCCUUGGACAAGACACUUCACCCACCUGCUGGCAUAAAAUGGCAGCUUUGCUUGUCAGUCGCCUUUGCAAUAUAAAGGGCAUUAUAAAUAAAAUUGAUUAUUAUUAAUUGCUGCUGGAUAGUCUGAAGGAGCUGAGUGGGGGAGGAUCUGCGCCUUGAAGCGGGGCUAGGUACGCCCAGGCAUUUUGCAUCUAAUUAUGUGCCAUGGAGACUUUAGGAUUUCUCAGACAUGGAAGAUUCAAAGCAACACUCCAGGUUUGUUUUUGA